UCAAGUCAAAAGCAAAAGAGAAAAAGAUAACGCUAUUAACGCGGAGAGCGCAGAUGGCGUUUUCCACACUGCCCUUCGGUCUCGCUUCGGCUUCACCUAGGAUUGAGAUAAGAGCUGGGAAUCAAUGGGGGCUGAGCUGCUCUGUUCGCUCACAGGUAAUGUCCCUAAUGCAAAAGGACGAUCGUGCCCGGCGAGUGUGGCGGCGAAGGAAAUUGACAAAGAAGGAUGACAUGUUGCGCUACAAAAUGGAGCGGAUUCCUUUCCUUGAGGAGCAGGUGAGGAAGAUAAAGGAAACAGGAAAGGUGUUGACCAUGGACAUUGAAAGAUUGUUGCUAUCAGAGGACAACCGCUUUGAUUUUGUGAACGAGGUAGCUGCCGAGGCCAUUGAAUAUGUUGAGAACAACCGGGAUGAGUACGGAGGUAAGAAAAAAGCCAUCCUUCAUGUGCUCAGCAACCGUAUUAAUGAUGCUGGGUUUUUCCGACCAGAGGCGUACGAGGAAUCUGACCCCUUCAAGCCUGGGCCUCAUUACUUGAAAGAAGAAUUUACAUAGGCUUAGAUGGAUAUAUUGUGUGUUAAAGUUGUAUAAUUGUCAGUUUCUUCGAGACUUUAUUCUCUUCUUUCCUAGACCUUUCUAUUCUAUUCA